AUGCAGCCUACAAGAUUACUACUGAAGCGCUCCGUAUGGAAAGGGCCCAAUCUAGUCCCUCUACCCAUCGUGUGGCCCAAAAAAGCCGGCGAAAAGGUGCCCCCCGUGCGCACACAGGCCCGGUCCGCCACGAUCCUGCCCAACUUUGUCGGGCUGAAGUUUGAGAUUCACAACGGCAAGAACUACAUCUCCGUGACGAUAACGGAGGACAUGGUCGGCCACAAGUUGGGUGAAUUCGCACCGACGCGGAAACCGAACAUCUACGGCAAGAAAUAA